AUGUCCACGACCUUUUUUCGACGUCGUAAGUUUCGAUUUUCGAUCAAUUCUUUCCUCUGGCGUUUUAUCGGAUUACCAGAAUUUGAUAUGGUAAACGCGCUUCUGCCCGGAGGCAUUCAAGUUUUUGUGAUUUCUUGUCUUAAUCCGAUUCCGGGACACCAAAAGGCAAGGGGGACACUGGCCCGUCUCUCUCCCAUAUUAUACAUUUCAUUCCACUCAACGUUCCCCACUUUACAAAAGACCACCAGUUGCAGGCUGACAUUGCCUGAGGCGUUGUGACAAACGACUUGUUUUUUCCCAUCUUUUCCACGUCCAAAACUUUGCGCCCUUAGGGAUUAGUGAGGCCGAGCGAUGGGUUUAUGCCUCUACUGAUAAGAUGGAGCUGUUGCUUUGCGUUCUGUAAUAGGCAAUGGUCGUGACUUCCUUUGUGUACCGUUUACAGCCAUCAUGGAUUCUCGCGUUUCCCGGUGAUUCCUUUGUUUUCGUAAGAGCUUUGCUGGACACUAGCCUAGCCUUUUUUGGUCUCCUUCUUGGCUUCGGAACUCCCGCCUCGGUAUUGUUCCCCUGAGGGCGUUGGGGCCUGCCGAUUGUUGCACUCACCCCGAGCGGAAGCAACUUCUUUUUUUAUCCUCCAAAGGUGUUGUGGCACGACGGAUCCCCCGGUACGGUAGCCUUUCACUGGAACAAGUGAGCCCCUUUUUAGCAUGCCUGUGUCCGUAAUCUUGUGCCAUUGUUCUAGGAAGUUAGAUUCUUUUUAUUUCGGUCCCUUCAAUUGAGUGCCGUCCCCUGUUCCCGGGGGACAUUCAAAGGCACAGCAGGCUCUUCAGACUUCGAUUAUACGAUGUCAUCCGACGUCAGUCGACGAUUGCCUAAGGGUUUGUUUGAGCAGAAACCGAAAUCCCCGGAUCCCCUAAAGGCAUCCGACUCUCGACCUCUCGAGAUCACUCCAGCGGUGUUGAAUUGCGCGAAACAAACAAACCCUUUCCCUCUCCUUCCCCAUUCCUCAACAGGUCCGAGAACCGGUCAAUCGAAUGCUCGUAUUCUCCAUUUGCAGCGGGAGAUCACCUUGGCCAAGGACGGAUUGGCCAUGGAUUAUAUGGCCUUUUAAUUAAGGCCUUCUUUGUCCUUUUUGAUACACCGCAAUGCGCGUUCAUUUGUCGCGUUCCACUUGUGGGUGAAUUCAAGGUCGGUCGAUUGUAUUCUCAGAUAUUCCGAGUUGUCUUUGUUAUGAUUACACUUGAGAGUUCCUUGCCCGUCUUUCAUCGGCGCCGCGGAUUUGCCGAAUCCAGGCCUUUUGUCAUUUUCAUGCGGAAUUCUUUUACUGACCAGCGGUCCAGAAGUUUCAGAUUUUUGGAGUGAAAGUUCCGAAAAAAAAAUAAUUUUUCUCCGAUUCCCUCAGGGCGCGCAAUUAAAGCCUGGUUGCGCAACCGCCUUCUCUCUUCCGGAAAUGUAUUUAUUAACGUUGGGAUAAAUUUAUGGUUAGAGGGAGUAAUGGAAUGGCUUCGAGUCAUUAAUGCCUCAGGGCCUGAGGUGAUUGGAGGGGAAACAUGGCGUCUUGAUUACUUUAUUCCCUUUAUUUAGCAUUUCUUAUACGUUACCGUGCUUUUUUUAAACAUUUUUCGGAAGAAUCCAGUAAUUUAGUCAUCUCCAGUUGAGUCUAUUACAUAAACCCUUUGUUUGACCGUUUGAGGAAACAAUUUGGCUUUAAGGCCUCCGGAAAGAGUUCUUUUCUCAAGAUAUCUCCAAAAUCCGCGCACUCAUCCAUCCGAGAAUGUCAUCGGCACUCAAUUUGUCGCCAAUCUGGAUCCAAUUCGAUCGGCAUUAUGUGUCGGACUAAUAAGUGGGCACCUCAUUAGCGUCCCCCCUCCUUUUCUCGGGCCGUGUCUUGGCCACAUCCGGAGGCCAAAUUGAAAGCCUUCGAAUUCCUCGCGUGGACACUCGGGCGGGCCUCUGUUUAACUCAAUUUGGAGCGCAUUUGCAUAUUCUUGGAUAAGGCCCGAAAAGUGGCUCAUUCCAGGGCUGCCCCAAAAAAGUUUUGUCGCACAAAGAUUGGAUCUGACGAGCGGAAAGGGGCGCGCGAAUGACACGACACGGGAUCGCGGAUGACACGGCUAUCAUCGGCGAUCCGGCAGUUUGUCGUGUCCUCCAAAGUUUUGUUUAUUCGCUCCAAAAAAACUCUCCACGGGCCUGUUUAUUCGAUUAUUCGUAAGAGAUAAGCAAAAAAGAGCCCGCGUUUGCUGUUGUUUUUGGUCAGCAAAUUCCUGCAAUUCCCUUUCGUAUUACGCAAUCCACCUUUUUCGGAAGGGGUUAUCGCCUGCGGGGCUGAUUGUUUUUUAUUUGCACUGGAUUCGUCGAUGUGAUUACCCGGUCAUACAACAUUAGAUCCGUAAUCCAAGAUAUCCGCGCGACUUUUACUUUUGUCCCGCAUUUCCUCAGCAUCUUGUGAACCUAUGGUUCUCCCCGUAAUUUCUUUGGAAUGUAUGACUUUUACUCCUUAUUUAUUCCCUGGAUGAUUGCUUAAUGUUUCCGUUACAGUAUCCCGUCGACGUCGUCCCAAAGCACGUCGUGCAGUGUGUCGGAACGUGUUCGAAGAGGAAGAAGAAGAGCUUCCCAUCACUUAUCCGGACCUUCAUCCUCGACGCAAGAAAGAAGGAGUCAUGCAGAAACUCUCGAAUUGGUUGGGAGAUCAUCUCCGGAAGAGUAAACGAGACCCUGAGCCCAAACGCCCUCAGGUCUUGGGUCCCACGGAAUGCGGAUCUCUGCCUCGACCUAGCGAUAUCCGAGUCUACGGUAACCAACGACCUUUGUUGGGGAGUGCCAGAGAGGUCAAGCGACGGGUGAGGAGAUUUUACAUCACUUUCGAUUCCUAUGGCACCUAUAUGUUUGGUUUCCGUAACUCAUGUUACACAUAGCAAGAGCUCUGCACUUUGUGCUGUAAAUGUUAUGUGCCCUUUUAUGCUUUGGUUAUGACCUUUAAAAGCGCACUUAAUUCGUAUAUAUAUUUAUAUUGUUUUCCAUGACCAGUGAUGUAUUAUUCCAGGCGAUCUGUACGAAUCCUUGGUUUGUUCCCGAAGAAGAGAUGAACUCCUCGUUUAUGUCGGAUGCCCUCGAUUCCUCUUAUUGUUCCACUCUUUCUCGAAUGACAAAAGACGAAGCCCUUCGUAUAAAUACUAUGGCGGGCUCGGCUUGUUCUUCUGGAUAUGCCAGUCAGGACAGUAGCCCAGAAUGUUCAGUCCAUCAACCCAGUUGGCAGCCGUCAACUCAGAUCAUGAGAAGGGGAAAUCUUGUGGAUAAGGCGGUGGAAUGUGGAUAUCAAGAUAUCAAGACGCCUCUAGUCCGGGAAGAUGACUACGAUCAUAUUUACCAUGAGCUGGACACCCAGAAGAGACAACCUUUUAUGUCAUUCCUCGAUUUCCAUCCCGAUCUUCAAGCAAUCGACUCCUGUUAUUCUGGAUCCGAUGAGUUGGCCUGUUCUUCGAUGGCCUCUUCUCGUCCCGAAUCCCCGAUUUAUGCAAUUCCUUAUUCUUCUGCCGCUGAAUCUCAUUGUGGAUCUAUUGAAUAUGCUGAUGAUUCUGAUGGUUAUAUGGAGUUGAUGCAACGGCAUGAAGAUACGAUGGGACCGAGUUACCGUCAGCUCAAGAGAUAUCCGGGUUCAGCGUUCAGUCCAGUCCGACCGGAACCCCGAUUCCACGCUCCGCCCCCUCCUCCGGCUGAGCCCACAACAUGUCUGGAGAUGUUGGACAAACAAAUCGCCGACUUAAAAGUAAGUCGAGCUGUUUUAUAAACAUAUCAUAAAAAGCUGGUGUAAUAUUCAUCACAAAUAGCCAAUAACAACGUAUCUAUUUAUAAUUGUUCCAGGAAAAGACCCUACUCGUAAGUCGACUGGUCGAAUCGGCGAAGGAACGCCGUGAACUUCGGGGAUGCGCCCGCUUACUGUGCAUGGAACAUAUACAACAUCUGAGGAAUAUGCGAUGGUAUGUUGAGAACGGCUUCGAACUCAAGCUGUGA